CCCGGCCGCCGCCGCCGCCGCCAACGCGGCCCAAGCGGCGCCGCAGCAGCCCGAGGAGGGCGCGGGCGCGGGCCCCGGCGCGUGCAGCCUGCACCUGAGCGAGCGCGCCGACUGGCAGUACUCGCAGCGCGAGCUGGACGCCGUCGAGGUCUUCUUCUCGCGCACGGCCCGCGACAACCGGCUGGGCUGCAUGUUCGUGCGCUGCGCGCCCUCCAGCCGCUACACGCUGCUCUUCUCGCACGGCAACGCCGUGGACCUGGGCCAGAUGUGCAGCUUCUACAUCGGCCUGGGCUCGCGCAUCAACUGCAACAUCUUCUCCUACGACUACUCGGGCUACGGCGUCAGCUCGGGCAAGCCCUCCGAGAAGAACCUCUACGCCGACAUCGACGCCGCGUGGCAGGCGCUGCGCACCCGGUACGGCGUAAGCCCCGAGAACAUCAUCCUGUACGGCCAGAGCAUCGGGACGGUCCCCACGGUAGACCUGGCCUCACGGUACGAGUGCGCGGCGGUGAUUCUCCAUUCCCCUCUGAUGUCGGGUCUGCGCGUGGCUUUUCCAGACACCAGGAAAACAUACUGCUUCGACGCUUUCCCCAGCAUCGACAAGAUAUCUAAGGUCACCUCUCCUGUGCUGGUCAUUCACGGAACGGAGGACGAGGUCAUCGACUUCUCCCACGGCCUCGCGAUGUACGAGCGCUGUCCCCGCGCGGUGGAGCCCCUCUGGGUGGAAGGGGCCGGGCACAACGACAUAGAGCUUUAUGCACAAUACCUAGAGAGACUAAAACAGUUCAUAUCUCACGAACUCCCCAAUUCCUGAAGACGACAACUUGAUUUUACCUCAUUUACUGUGAACGGAAGCGUCCUCUGGUUUGCACACGCUUUAACUGGGUACUGCGACGGCUCCGCAGCCACGAAGAGGCGCCCAGCCUUUCGGGUGUUCUCAUCAAAGAGCUGAUGAAGUCUCUGUCUUUUUUAUCGAGAGAUUGUUCUACUAAUUCACACAACGUGUUAAACUGGACGGUCGUGACUCCCGGCUUCGCCGCCUUGCAGGGGUGGGGCUGAGAGCCGAACGUGGGGCGGGUUUCUCGUGCCGUCCGGGGUUUGCCCGUCUCUUCCGUCCUGACUCAGUACGCGGGACUCGCCCCCGUCUCCACCGGGGUUCUCGGAGUUGGACGGGCAGCUCUUUGGGCCACCGGAUUCGUGGGUUCAGUCCAUUCGUGCCGCUGUGAUAGUGUAACUGGAAAACCAUUGUGGUGAGACUUUUUAAAUUAAUUUUCGUUACCAUGCCAACCUUUCCCCAGACACACGAACUGAAGGGUAAUCGACUGGAUCUGUCAUGAACAGCUUCAUCAACUGUAACCACAUAAAUAUAACUGGAAUAUUCUUAAACAAAAGAAAACUAGGGGCUUUUUUAAGUGUAAAUUUGUUACUAGCCAACAGAGUUUUAAUAUUUUGACUGGUUGGUUUGACAAAGAGCCUAGCCGACUCACCUUCUCCGAAACCCUCCCAGCGGGCUUUUUUAAAGAACUGUACAUAUUCGCGAUCACCUUGUGCGUAGAUUCCUAAUGGGCAGUUUCCUUUUGUCGGCUACAACGAUGAACUGCAGACUCCUUGUUUGUAUGUAAAUGAUCGAACACAUUUUGUUAAUAUGUUUUUAUUCCUAGGUUUUGCUAUUAAGAAAUUUUAUAACAUUUCCAAGACAAAAAUUCCAAGUUUAUGCUUUGAAGAAUUUAUGUAAUUAAAAUUUCACUAAGCUAAUCUUUUUAGUUUAGGGGUCAUUUGGGUUUUGACACUGGAGUUGGGCCGAACAAGCAUCGGAAAUGUAAGAUGCUUCACGUCGCUACGCUGCGUGUAUUGGUUGGGGGUUUGGGUUUGGGCUUUCUUUGGUUUUACUUUAAUUUUGUUUUCCAAUUUAAAAGCCUUAAAUGUACUGUAAGCCUCGGAUUGCUGUGCAGCUGGAUUGCGGUCGGCUGCGGUGUGCACGCUGCUCAGGUGAGCACGGUGGCUGGUGAUAGAAUAAAGGAUGCAUGGAUCAGA